UUGAGAACAGAGAAGCUAAAAACACCAUUUUUAACUUUUUGGAAGAUAAACAAGAGAAAGAAGAAGGUAACACCAAACUGUGAGCGGGAAUGGCGAGACUUUGUCUUCCUUGUGCUUCCCUUCGUUUCUAUUCUCCUCUUUCACUUCUCUUCCGUUCACCGGUUCUCUCCAGAACCGCCGCAAUUUCAUUUUGUUCUUCGUCGGAGUUCGCCGACUCUGUAGCCAAGGAUGAUUCAAAACGCGGUCCUCUCAAACCUGGGCUUUACCUCGUCGGAACUCCAAUCGGAAACCUCGAAGAUAUCACUUUACGUGCGAUUCGUGUAUUGAGAUCUGCGGAUGUGAUUCUCUCUGAGGACACGAGACACUCUGGGAAGUUGCUUCAGUAUUACAAUAUUAAAGCUCAGCUUCUUAGUUAUCACAAGUUCAACGAGGCCCAAAGAGAGCAAGCAGUGUUGACACGGUUGAAACAAGGUGAGAUUGUUGCUCUUAUCAGCGAUGCAGGGACACCUGGCAUUAGUGAUCCUGGUACUCAACUUGCAAAAAUAUGUGUGAAAGAAAAUAUUGAUGUGAUACCAAUCCCUGGGGCUUGUGCUGUAGUUUCUGCUCUUUCUGCCUCUGGUUUGGAGACAGAUGAGUUCACAUUCGUUGGAUUUCUUCCGAAGCAUUCUGGAACAAGGAAGGAGAGGCUGGUAGUUUCAUCAAAUGAGACAAGAACACAGAUCUUUUAUGUUCCACCUCAUAAGUUGUCACAGUUUCUUGAAGAAACAACCCCUUAUUUUGGCGAAUCAAGGCAAUGUGUAAUAGCUCGGGAGAUUACAAAGCUGCAUGAAGAGUUUUGGAGGGGUUCGAUAGGGGAAGCCAAGCAAGAGUUUCUGAGUCGCCAACCAAAAGGAGAAAUCACGCUUUUGAUUGAAGGCGAAGAAGAAACCAAAGCUGAAAAUCCAACGGAUUCUCAACUUGAAGAAGAGUUAAGAGGGCUGAUCUCUGAUGGACAUAGCCUUUCCACGGCGGUGAAAAUGGUGGCGGAAAGAACAUCAAUGAGAAAGAAAGAGGUAUAUUCGCUGGCAUUGAAGAAAUUUGGUAUUGGUAAGCAGAUUCAUGUAGAAGAUGAAGCUGAUGAGAGUAAAUGAGACGUCAUUGCCAUUUAUUUUGUUGCGUUAAAUGGAUUCUGUUUAUGAUCCCAAUUCUCAUUAGCUUGACUUUGGUGGAUGUAGAGUAUACUAAGAGUUAGUUCCUUGAAAUUUUUUUGAAGUAACUCACUUGUUUAGGUCUUUGGAUCUCAAGUGAUCAAAGCUUGUUUCCCAGUUUUCA